AUGAUCAUGCAGCUGGCCGCGCAACAGCAAAAACAGUUCCUGUGCCCGGGCGAGGUGAAGAAGUUCGUGGUCCCAGUGCCGUGGGAACGGCAAGAAAUACCUCAAGUGGCGCAGCGAUACAUGGACUGUGAAUGGAGAAACGACGACAUGAGUUUGCUGGAGUUUCUCCGCAAAGCGGGAGCGGACGGGCAAAUUUCACAGAAGUAUCGUCGGCAGCACCGCCUCAGUUUUCGCCGCUGCAACGUUGCCAUUGAGCUGGAGCAAUGGAUGAAUAGAUACCAGGCUGAUGGGCAGGUGCUGGUCGCCGCCAUCACCUACACCCGUUCCAGCGAUCGCCACUGUGGGCAAUGGCUGUUGCUCAACGUCCCCUUCCGGAAGGUAGACGAUCUUUGGCAGCCAGAUGCGGCCAGGCUUCCGCAGAGUCUUCGUUGUCUCGGACUGUGUCUUCUACAUCGACCUGACUUCUGGCGAAAUCCAGACUGCCUGACGGCUGAGAUGACUGCAGAAGCCCGCGCGGAUUUGUACAUCAAGCAUCCGGACCCGCCUCUUCACGGAGUGGCCUCAACACCAAGCGGACCGUUGCAGCUGGCGCCCGAGCAGGCGCUCAUCAUCCAAACCAUCAGCGAACGCGUGGAGUACGCGCUGCAAGCAAGAUGGGGAGCCGAAGAGGAUGAUGCAGAGGCGUGGGGAGUCUGGCUAGACGAACAGCAGCAUGCACCAUACCAGAACCAAGUAUCUGUUGUCCUCGGGCCCGCCGGCAGCGGCAAAAGCACGGCCGUGGAGCAGGCAGUGAUGCGAGCAACCAGGCUUGGAGCCCACGUCGGCAUCGCAUGUCCGACCGGCAUGCUCGCAACGCAUUACAAGACUCGACAUCCAGAUCUGGACGUCGACACCGUGCAUGGCAUGUUCGCCCUCCACUGGCAAGAGGCUCAGACGCUGGACAUCAUGAAAAAGUACGACAUGAUCGUGAUCGAUGAGGUGGGCCAGCUUCCGCAAUGGGUAUUUGAACGCCUCCUGAGGUUGUGGGAUGCUGCCGACCGUCGACCGGCUCUUGUGUUCGUCGGCGACUUCUGCCAACUCACGGGCGUGGACGGCACCACGGCCAGACAAAGCCCAAGAUGGGCGCAAAUGUGGAUCAUGCAGCUCCGAGACAUGAAGCGCUGCAAAUGCCCACGUCUCAGGUGGAAGCUGGAGCUCCUGCGAAGCGCCACUCCUUCCAAGCAGCAGCUACGAAAAAUUUUGAGACACCACCGAGCGCCAACGCACCGUCGUCCUCAUGCUGGAGCCCCCACCAGCAAUGACAUUGCGGAGGUGCUGCGCGAAACACCGCGCACUACAUUCCUGACCAUUACCCGUCAAGCCUCCAAGAGACUGAAUGAGUGCCAACAUCAGGUUGCGGCCGAGGAGUACCACAUGACCAUCUACGAGGGCAUGCGAGUUAGGAUCACUAGAAAUGAGGACAAAGAGCGAGGCUUUGUCAACGGCAUGGGCGCAACCGUGCAACGCAUGCGCAGAAGCGGCGUGCAAGUCAUCACAGAUGCGGGGCGGAUCCUUCUCGUGCAUCCCGUCACCCACGAGAUCAUCCUGUCGGACGGCUCCAUUCGUAGGAUGACCUUCUUCCCCCUCCGCCUCGGAUACAGCACCACGCUACACAAGGUCCAGGGCGCGACUCUUUCGCACAUCACGCUGUGGCUGGAUAGGCCCGGAGUUCGAGCAGCCCUCUACGUCGCCCUAUCGCGAGUGCAAUAUGACGAGGACUGGUGA